AUGCCUAGAGACGACCUCUCCAUCGACUUUGUCAGGAAGAUGCCCCCUGCCGCAGAGCUCGACCCGGCAUUGAUCCUCGACGAAUGGAUACACAACACCCAGAACCUCCCCGAGGAGAUUCGCUUCAUGCAAGACGAGAUUGCCGAGAAGGACCGCCAAUAUGACAAGCUGGUUAAGGAAAUUGAAAAGAACGACGAGCGCAUCCAGAAAUUCAUCAAGGCCAACGGCAGCUUCCAGCCGAACCCCAAGGAAGAAGAAUACAGAGCCACCAUCAUCAAGAACUUUGACCUAGCCGAGCAGCUGUCCAAGGAAAAGCUCGAACUUACACGAAAACUACAGCAUAUCUUCGACAAGCACGUCCGCGCCCUCGACAAGCAGAUCAAGUCUCUCUACGACCGCGGCGAGCCCGGUUUCACCGACCCCGACGAACUACCCUCCCUCGUCCGCGACAGCGCCGCCAACAUCACCAGCACCCCGACCCUUCUCCGGCCCGUCAACGGGAACCACCCCAUAUCCUCGGCGCUGAACGGCCUCGCUAACGGCACCGGCUCCAACGCCGCCCGAUCGAACCAGAUCCGCAACGUCCAAGCCUCGCACCAUCACUCGGCCUCAGCACCCGCCACGCCCGCCGCGACCAUAAUACUGAACCAGCGCGCCCGCGAAAGCUCUGCCGGGCCCGGAGGCGCCGUGCGCAAGGGCGCCGUCCGCAGCAACAGUGGUCUGAGCCUCCAAACCAGUGGCAUAGGCCGACACUCUUCGCUCGGUCCAGGCACGCCCAAAUCCUCCACAACCUCUGGCGGCGUCCAACGCGCCGGCAGCGCUGGCCCCCGCGGCAUAGGCAAAGGAUCUACAAGCAGCACCAGCCGCAAGUCCGUACCCUCCGGUAGUUCGGCCGCCUCCCGUAAGAAGGGCAGCAGCGUGCCCACUGCCGGUAGCGGUGGCUCCUCCCACAAAUCCAAUCUUUCCCGCGUGCUCAAGCGCGCUGGCACCGGUACCAGUGGCAGCGGAGCGAAGAACAGUCCCAACACGACCUCCCGCGCAAACUCUACGGGAGACAGCGACCUCUCAGACGCAGACUCCAACCUUUCUGGCUCCGAAUCCGACCACCGUCGUAUCGGCACAGGCCGCAACACCCCCAUUGGCGGUGGCUCCCACUCCCGCUCCGCCUCCCACCACCACACCAACUCUUCCUUCUCGCACAAAGGAGGAGCAGACGACCUCAACCACCCUCACCACCCAAGCCACGGCCACCGCCCAUCCUCCUCCCUCGCCUCCAACGGCGGCGGCGGCGGCACUGGUGGAGGCAGCGGUGGUCCCUUCCAAUCCCAAGAUGGCAUGGACCUGGACGACGAAGAAGCCGGGGACGACCGCAAGUACUGCCUCUGUCAAAACGUUAGUUUCGGCGAUAUGGUGGCGUGCGACAAUGACGAGUGUCCGUAUGAGUGGUUCCACUGGAGCUGUGUAGGGCUAAAGUCGGAGCCCAACGGGACUUGGUAUUGUCCUGUUUGUGCCAAGAAUAUGGAGAGGGACAAUACUAGCAACAGCAACAGCAACAAUAACAACAUGAACAACAAUAACAGCAAUAACAGCAGUAGCAAUAGCCAGGGGAGGAGCGAUAACAAGAAGAGUGGGAGUGGUGGUAGUGGUGGUGGGGGGAAUAGUAGUAGCCAGGGAGGUGGUGGGAAUAAUGGUAGUCAAGGAGGGGGAGGGCAGUGAAGUGAGUGCAAAGAUAAAGGGUAGAUUGUUGGGUGUGGUAUGAGUAUGAAGUUAUCAUCUGAAUAGGAUGGGAAAGGAAUAAAUCAUCACAUUUGCACA